GAAAAGAGAGGAGUUGGAUGAUUUAAAUAAAUUUUGAAAAAAUUCUGCUCCGAAGAGUCAAGGUCCAUCGCCUUAUCGAUAACAUAUUUUCGCACGAAAAAUUAUCUGGAGAAUUUCUCCUCCAUUUUGCAACAUCGCGCUGCGCAUGCGCAUAUGCCAUUCGUUUUUAGUUUUACUGGCCGUUAUUGUGUCGAUCAAUUUUUGUCUCGGAACGAGCGCGAAAAUCUUAAAGAUUCGAUGAUGACCGUCGAAGACACGGAGUCGGAGACGGAUGUGAUCGAGCUGGAUUCGAGUUGCGAUGCAGAAGUCGUUUGUCUUGACGGCAAUCCGACCUACGAUUCGAAGAACAACGAGAAUUCGUCGGAUCGGGACGACGUCGAUGCAAAAAUCCACGUGACAACUCACUCGUCGAAAGAUUUACAGUCCGUCUCGUCAAAUGACAGUGCUCCGCAGCCCCUUUUUAAGGUUAUGUUUCGCGACGAGAGUGUCUCGAGACAAUAUCGACAACAAAUAAAAGAUUUUUUGCACACUUUAGUGCAAUCAAAACCAUCCCAUGAGCAAGAUAUAAAUUGCUCAAGUUUGAUUUUAGAAAUUUGGGAUAACAAAGAUAAUUCCAAAGAUCAAGAAUCAUUUGUCAAUGUAGAAGAUAAUAGCGCAUUAAAUGAUAGCACAGAAAAAACUGAUACAUGUGAUCUAAUAUUAUCAAUGUUUACAAUUGAUAAAAAACCAAAUUUUAUGAAUGAUUUGGAAGUUCCGACAUAUGGACAAAAAUAUGAGGAUAUUACUGAAGAAUCAGACUCUGUGACAAGAAAAGAUUGCGCGCCAAAAUUAAAUUGCUUCAAUUGUAAUGGAAAUCAUAAUUUGCGAGACUGUCCAUUGCCUAAAAAUCCAAUUAAUAUUAAUAAAAAUCGUAAAGAAUUUGCUAUGAAAAACAAUACAGGAGUUCGGUAUCAUAUGAGUGAGGAUCAAAGAUUUAGUCAUAUGAUUCCUGGUCAGUUAAGCCAUAAACUACGAAAGGCUCUAGGAUUGAAAGACAAUCAACUACCUAAACACAUAUAUAGAAUGAGAUUACUUGGCUACCCUCCAGGGUGGUUGGAAGAAGCGCGCUUGCAACAUUCUGGAUUAUCAUUGUUCAAUUCUGAUGGAGUAGCGGAAGCUGAUCCAAAUGAGGAAGAAGGAGAAAUCAUUACAGAUGUAGAUAAAGAUCAAUAUGACAUAAAAAAAAUAUAUGACUUUCCUGGUUUUAAUGUACCAUGUCCUCCUGGUAUCAUUGAUGAUAGCCAUAAAAAUUGGGUACCAAAAAUACAACCUAUGCAUAGUAAGGAGAUAAUGUUAUUACACUUACAAGGUAAAAAAGCCGAUGAUGGUUAUAAGAGAAAAAAAUUGAGAUUAUCUACACCAAAAAUAAAUACUUUAGAAAUGCCUAGUGAUAUGGAAAUAGAAGAUGCAGGAGGAGACAAUGUUGUGGAAAAUGUGCCCCUUAAUGGACAUUUUAUACCACCAUUACCAACAGAAUCAGUGCCAACGCCACCACCACCACCACCACCAUCUGAAUCAUUUAUAUCAAUAACAGAAGAUUCAGACUCACAAUCACAAGAAUUGCCUUCCACUGAUUCUGUGGGUGAUACAUUCUUGACUGCAAAUUCACCAUCUCUAUCUGACUUAGAAAGUACAAAAAAAACAUUACUGACAGAACUUGAAGAUAAUAGUUCACAAUCCAAUCCUGGUUCCACAGCACUCAAAAAUGAUGUAAACAAUACAUUUGAUAUAUUUUCCAGUAUAGAAGUUAUGUCUCAAUCCAAUUCUCUCUCUUCUAUCUCUCGAGAAUGCUCAAAUACUAACAAAGAUUCUAUGGAGUCACAGUGUCAUCUUGAUGUAUCAUUUAAUAAUGAAUUGGAUAGCAGAUUGAACACAUCAGUUUCCAAUGAAACAACAAUGUAUCAAUGCAGUUCUACUCCAAUUCAAUCUUCUAAAUUUUUAAAUACAAAUCAAAAUUCUGUCAAAUCGGUGCACUUAGGUACACCAAUAUUGCCAAGUACUUCUCCAUAUAAUAAACUACCAUCAUCAGAAAAGUUUUCCAAAGAUAUUUGUGAUGUUAUCAAUUUCGAAAAUUUACCUGACUCGACGGGUAAAUAUAAACAAAUGUCGGGAGUAUUACAAAAAGUGAGAAGUACCAUGGCAAAACUGCAUCAAUAAGCAUAAUUUACAAAGGAACUGAUACAUCAUUUAGUAAGUAUAUCAUAUUUAUAUACAAAAAUUAGAACAAAUAUCUAGGAUUAGGAAUGAAAAUAUUUAAACGUCAUUUAAAAAAGUCAUUUAAAUUUAUUCUAUAUUUUUUUCGUGUCAAAGAAGAUAUGUGAUAUCCUUUUAGAUAUCUUUGGGCAUUUAUAAGUAACAAAUUAAGUGUAUUUGCACGUACACUCAAAGAUCUUAAACACCGGCCUGCUUUCCUCUUAUUUUUUUUUUUCUAAUAAUUGCAACAAACAAAAUUUUUCAUUCUUAAAAAUCCACAAUCUGAAACGGAUUCAUGUCAAUUGCUCAAAGAAUUACGAUUAUACAACUUUUUUAUUUUAAAGACAUCAAGUUUUUAAUAUAUUCCAUCUUAAAACUCUAUAAUAAGUAACUUGAAUCCUUUCAGUAUUUUUGAAAUGCAUAUUUAUUUAGACAAUUCAUUCAAUAAUCUACUACAUGUAAAUAUAUAUAUAUAUAAAAUAAAGUGUAUUUUAUAUAUGUGUACAUAUAUAAGUGUAUAAUAAUGAAGAAACCAAUAUAUAUCGUUAUAUCAUUUUCCAAAAGUACAAAAAUAUAUACAAGAUUUUCAUAGUGCAUCUAUUGUUGAAUCUAAUGAUAUUUAUUUUAUUUUUACAAUGCUUUACAAUUCGGAUUCCAUCCUAUAUAAACAUUAAUCUUAAUCGGAUGCAGAUAAAGUUUGAUUUGUGCAAUGUAUUUUGUAUACAUUGGAGAUGAUAUAAAAUAUUAAUAAUCUGUGAUUGGUAAAACUAAUCUAUAUAUGUAAUAAAAAAAUAUAUUUUAAAAUA